AUGGUGGUCGGUGGUAGUAUAAGGUGGCAGCCACUACCUCACGAUGGUGGUGGUGGUUGUUCUAGGUUCUCCGGCCAACAAGCUACACAUAUAACACGUACUACAGAAAGAACAAACGCCCACACAGAUUUCAUGCUUGCAAACGGAUCCAACCACCCUCAUGGGGCUAUUGGCAGCGACAGAACCGACACAUGGUCUCGGUGGGGCAGUUUCCUAGCCACUCACGUCAUUACGAUGGCAUCAGGCAGAGGAGAGACAGUCCUCGUCGAUGCAGUAGCAGGUAGAGCAGCAACGUUGCGACAGUGCUCACAGCGGCAGUUGAAGAAGGAGAAGAAGAAUGAGAAAGAUGGAGGCUUUUGCGUUCGCUAUGGCGUUUGGAUGGCGAGGCAGCGGCGGUAG